ACUUAUUAUUGUGUACAAUAGGUACUGCUACUGCUACUUCUUUAAGUUCAGUGUUCAGAUUUAUUUGAUGUGAUCUUUAUGAAAUGUUAAUAUUUUAGUUUAAAUGUAAUAUUUUUAUUCUUCUUACCUAGUAAAUUUAAUUAUGAAUACCAACGAAACGUUAAAGAUCAACUUGUCGGCUAUUCGCAAAGUUGACCCUUCCAUAUCAUCUAUCGUUGAUAGCGCUAAUCAAGUUGCGUUAUAUAAAUAUGUAUCUGGAAAAAGCAAAUGGGAGAAAACUGAUGUAGAAGGUACACUUUUUGUGUACACAAGGUCUGGGAAACCCCAACAUUCUUUCAUGGUUAUGAACCGGUUAAGUACGACAAAUUUAAUUGAACCAGUUACUGAAAAAUUAGAAUUUCAGGAUCAAACGCCUUUCCUUUUGUAUCGAAACGGAAAAGGUAUCUAAAUUUAUUAUUAUGUAUAGCCAUUUUAUUUUAUUUUUGUAUUGCAUGCUUAUGUAUUAUUUUCCACUGAAAUUGUUUUUAUUUGUUUAUAUAAAUUUUGAAAUUUAACUCUGUAUUGUCUACUGUAAC